GCCGCGCGCCAUGGCGGAGCCAACCCAGUACCAGAUCGAGGUGCGCCUGCUGGACGGCCACACCCGCUGCCUCCAAUUCCCCACGCCCACCCUCACAGGCUCCACCCUCCUCUCCACCAUCUCCGCCCUCACCCACAUCCCCGCCGCCGCCCUCCUUCUCGUCACCGGCCGCCGCACCAUCACCCCGACCACCACCCUCCACGCCCCCGCCCCCUCCACCCACUUCCCCACCGCCACCGCCCUCCUCCGCCUCCGCGGCGGCAAGGGCGGGUUCGGGUCCCUCCUCCGCGGGGCCGCCUCCAAGGCGGGCCAGAAGAAGACGAGCAACUUCGACGCCUGCCGCGACAUCAACGGCCGCAGGCUCCGCCACGUCAACGCCGAGCGCCGCCUCGAGGAGUGGCGCGCCGAGGCCGGCGACCGCCGCCUCGAGAGGCUCGCCGAGGACUUCCUGAAGAAGAAGGCCAAGGAGGCGGGCCGCGGCGGCGGUGUUCGGGCUGCUGAGGUCGACAAGUACCUUGAGAAGUACCGUAAGGAUGCCGAGAGCUGCGUUAGUGCUGUGGAGGAGUCCGUGCGUGCGUCGCUUGGGAAGAGGAAGGCCAACGAGUCCAAGCCGCGUGAUGCGAAGAAGCUUAAGAUCUGGAUGGGCAAGAAGAAGGUAGCAGACGAUGAGAGCGAUAGUGACAGUGACAGUGAUUUGGAAGAUUAUGAGGUUGUACAUGCAAUACCUCUAGCUCUUGAUGAUGCGCUUUGCUCAUAUGAAUCCAACAAAAGUGAGGAUGAGAAGGUUGAUCUGGCUUCAGUUUCUGGGUCACAUUCAGAAGGAGAGUCCUCAGGUGAAAAGUCCCAGAGCAGUGAUUCGGAGAAAAAUGGAAAUGUUCUUCAGGAAUCCAUGGAGUUAACAAUUAGAUCAGGAUGUGAUUCUGAGUCGCCCACUUUAGAGUCUGAGGGGGGAAUGACGGAUCAGCCUGCUCCUGAGAACACUUCUGAAAAUGGAACUUCUGAGAAUGGUAUUAGUGCUCUUUCAGAAGAAGUUCUCAAAUCUGAUGACAAAGCAGAUGUGGAGAACACUGGUUCGGCUACAUCACUUCUUAAUGACCCUGAGGUGCCUCCAGUAGAAGAAUCUGCUGAUGUAAAUACUAAGUCUCUUCUGCCAGAGGAGCCUGUGGACCUGACAGCAUUCAGUUUAGCUGCAGAAUUGGAGGUGCUUGGCAUGGAGAAGCUUAAGCUGGAGCUCCAGACUCGUGGACUAAAAUGUGGCGGAACCUUACAAGAGCGUGCAGCCCGACUUUUCCUUCUGAAAACAACCACACUGGAUAAACUUCCGAAGAAGCUGCUUGCGAAGCCCAACUCUGGAGGGAAGUGAGUUGUCGUAAUAAAUAACUACUACUAUUACUAAGAAAGCAAAAUACAAUGUCUGAGCUCCUCUGUAUGACUGUAUUUGUUGUAAUGUGAUCAGAAAUAUUUUGCCUUGGCACUGGAAAUUAAUGUGAUCUCUGUAUGUAUUAUGUUUGUUA